AAGUGGUGAAGCAACCGCGUAAGGUUAGGUCUGAUAAAGUGAAGCCCUAGACAGAGUUUGUCAUGCGAGCGCUGCGGAAGAACAAGACGCUGCAAUAUGGAAUCCCAAUGAUGGUUCUUAUAAUUGGUGGCUCUUUUGGGCUCCGUGAAUUUGCCCAGAUUAGAUACGAUGCUCACAAGCUCCACAGCAAAGUUGAUCCAGCUUUGGAAGAAAGAAUAAGAAAUAAUAAAGUGACUCUGGAAUCAGAAUAUGAGAAAAUGAAAAAUGACACCUAUGAGGAUUGGAAGAACAUUCGAGGUCCCCGUCCAUGGGAAGAUUCAAAGUCUGUCCAAGAGCAACAGCGGGAGAAGCAGCAAACUUAGGCAAAAAGCCAAUCUGAUGUCAUUCACUUGGUUGUCACUGAACUGUGACUUUUUCCAAUGUCUGGGCUGACUAGAGGUUAAUGCCAGGAAUAAACAACUAUCUUGGUCUGAUAUGGUUAAGUAGAAACAUUAUAAAUAAAGAUCUGGAAGUUUUCCAGGAAUACUUGA